GUGAGUAGGAUACUGUACAGCUUUGCCACAGCGUUUCGGCGGUCAGCUAAGAAGGCAGUUCUAUCGUCUCAGCAGCCCGCUCCACUCACCCCUGACAGUGACUUGUUUACCUUCACCGUCAGCCUGGAAAUCAAGGAGGAUGAUGGCAAGGGUACUUACAGUGCUGUAGCAAAAGACAAGGACAAGCAGAGCUUCAAGCUGCGUGCAGGAAUGGACAAGAAAAUUGUAAUUUAUGUCCAGCAGACCUCCAAUAAGGAACUGGCUAUUGAGAGGUGUUUCGGUCUCUUGCUCAGCCCAGGGAAAAAUGUCAAGAACAGCGACAUGCACCUGCUAGACCUGGAGUCAAUGGGAAAGAGCUCCGACGGGAAGUCAUACAUCAUCACAGGAAGUUGGAACCCCAACACGCCUCAGUUCCAGGCUGUAAAUGAGGAAACGCCCAAAGAUAAAUUCAUGUACAUGACGACAGCGGUGGACCUGGUGAUUACAGAGGUUGAGGAGCCGGUCCGUUUUCUGCUGGAGACGAGGGUCAGAGUGUGCUCCCCAAAUGACAGGCUGUUCUGGCCCUUCAGCAAGCGUAACUACACUGAGACCUUCUACCUUAAACUACGACAGAUGGAGCGUAAGGAGCGUAAGAGUCCUGCCUCUGACACACUGUAUGAGGUGGUGAGUUUGGAAAGUGAGACUGAGAGAGAGAAACGGAAGACCACAGCUAGUCCCGGCAUCCUGCCCACCGGGCCGGGUACCAUGGUUCCUUCUCCACCUGAGGAUGAUGAAGAGGAAGGUGAUUGGAUGCUGUCUUACUUUUGUCACUCAGUAUGAGAUUUUUAUUUUAUUAAAGGCACAAGAUAUAGAGGGUAGCAAAUAAAUUAUAUUAAAAAUGUAAUUCAUGAUA